UGUAAGCGUAGUCUAGAUGAUGCGAGUAAUUAAGGGGGCCAUGCAUAGACUUGUCGCACGUACUCUUGCACUCGCCACUUCCAGCUUCCUUUUAAAUCCCUCUGACAAAGAAGCUGAACCAUGUCAGGAAUUUGAGGGAUUGAGAGUUGAGACAGAGGAAGGAAACCAAACCAUGAAGUACAGCAAUAUCAAUCUUAAGACACCCUUCGCCUUUAGCUUUUUCCUAUUUUCUUCUCUCAUUCUCUCAGCUUACUCUCAAUCUGAGUCUGAGGAUCAUGAAUUUAAUUACGAUGAAGCAUCAGGCAGGGGGCCAUCGCGUUGGGGCUUACUCAAACCAGAAUCGAAAAAUUGCAGCAUUGGACGACAGCAAUCUCCUAUAAAUAUUGAAGCAGUUCAGGUUCGUUCUGAAUUGGGAGAUUUGCAAAGGAACUACGUAUCAGCUCCUGCUGUUUUGAGGAAUAAUACCGAAUAUGCUGCGGUGGUAUGGUUAGGGAAUGCUGGAAGCAUUACUAUAAAUGGGACUGUUUAUACAGUGGAUAACUGUCACUGGCACUCACCUGCGGAGCACACCCUCAAUGGAAUUAGGUAUCCGUUGGAGAUUCACAUAGUUCAUACGAGCGAUCAAAAUCAGACUGCGGUUGUUGCAAUUCUUUACCGAUAUGGCUCGCCUGAUCCCUUCAUUGAUAGGCUGUUUGGCUCCUUAAAAACUCUUAAAACCAAAGACAGACCACUGGGGCCUGUUAAUCCAGAAAGCAUCAAGUUUCCUGGCAGAAACUAUUAUCGAUACAAGGGUUCACUUACAACUCCUUCCUGCUCAGAGGGUGUGGUUUGGAAAGUCUUCCAACAGGUCAAGACGGUCUCCCAUUCUCAAGUUGAUGCAUUAAAGCAUGUCCUUCCUCCUCAAAACAGAAACAACGCAAGGCCAACUCAACCACUGAAUGGAAGACCUGUCUUACUGUAUGAUCCACCGACGAGCGGUAAUUAA